CAGAUGGAGUCUUACUAAAUGAGAAGGCAGGAAGACCUGUUUAGAGUUUCCUCUUAAGUUUUGUGGAGAGAUAUUCAGAUAUAGAAUUAUCCUCUUAACCAUCUCGACCGGAGCAGGAGAAACCACUGACAGCUCCGGGACCAGGUCCACCAUGUGCUCCACCAGCGCGUGUGACCUGGAAGAGAUUCCCCUGGACGAUGACGACUCAAAUAGCAUGGAAUUCAAAAUCCUGGCCUUCUAUGUCAAACACCACGUCUUCAAGAGCACCCCCGCUGUCUUCUCACCAAAGAUGCAGAGGACAAGAAGCUUGUCCCAGAGCUGGUCAGUAAGCGAGUCAUGGGCACAGAUGUCAUGGCCUUGCAGGACUUCCCGAUCCAGUGAGAAGCCCCUAAACAUUGGCAAGAUAAAGUCUUCCUGGAGAACACUGUUUGGCGUGGUGGAGAAGGAGGACACGCAGAGCCUGCCUGUGCGGUUGGAGGGUCAAGGUCCAGAAACACCAGCCAGUCCAAGCGGUGCUCGCAGCCAGCAGUGGUCUCGGUCCCUCCCUAACGUGGAACAGCAUGUAGAGCAAGAAGCUGUGGACCCCAAAGUUGUUUCCAUUGCCAACCGUGUUGCUGAAAUUGUUCAUUCCUGGCCACCACCAGAAGACAUCCACUACCAGGGAGGAAAAUUCAAGUCCAAACACAGCGUCGUACCACAGGGACCCCAAGCCCAGUGCUCCCAGCCUAGAUCCGAAAAUGCUCAGAAAGAUGGAGAAGACCAAAUAAUAGCCAAAAUUGUUGAGUUGCUGAAAUAUUCAGGGGAUCAGUUGGAAAGAGAGUUGAAGAAAGACAAAGCUUUGAUGAACAGUUUCCAGGAAGGGCUGUCCUACUCUGUUUUCAAGACCAUCACAGACCAGUUCCUAAGGGGUGUGGACACCAGGGGAGAAUCGGAGGUCAGAGCUCGUGGCUUUAAGGCUGCCCUCGCAAUAGACGUUGCUGCCAAGCUCACUGCCAUCGACAACCACCCCAUGAACAGGGUGCUGGGCUUUGGAACAAAGUACCUGAAAGAGAACUUCUCCUCCUGGGUCCAGCAGCAUGGUGGAUGGGAAAAAAUACUUAUGAUAUCGCAUGAAGAAGUAGACUGAAACAUCAGGAGAGUCAUCAUCUGGAAUAUUCAGUGUGCAAACAGCGGUCCUGUGUACAUUGGUCUCAGUAUAGACUGUGGGAGAAAAUUAAAAUGUAUAAGGCAGAUGGAACACUGGAGUCUUCAAAAACAUUAACGUGUUCCUGUAAAUCAAGAGGUCUUGUUCAUCUCCAGCUCAAAGAAUUUAGUAGCACGGCCUUUGACAUUGAUGUUUUUCAGGCCCUCCAUGGACAAGUGGUAAUUCUUUCAAAUGUUCAAAACAGGAACCAUCACCUUACCUCUGCUAGCUGCUUUAGGAAAAGCAUGUUACAGAUGUCUGUUGACCUCAUGAGGGUGAAAUGAUAAACUGUACAAGUGCUUACCCUGGUUUCUAGUACUAUUUAUCUAUUUUUUAAACCACACUUGGAAUGGCCUGAUAUAGGCCUGAUAUACCUUUAGGAAGAUGGUGCUGUUCAUGAGCUGAACAUAAGCAGAUGUAGUUUCAAGAGACUCUUUAGCUUAUUGAUACAUCCAUGAGCUCGGGGAGCCAGGGAUGAUUCUGCCUUUUUGACUAGUUUCUCUGUGGAUUCCUUUGGUAGUUUGAAAACUUCCAUUUGGCAGAAACUAUGACUCCCACAACCCUCAAGUCUCUUCUCAGUGACCACACCUCCAUGUCUCCAGGCCUCUGGGGCUUUCUUUAUUAUUCUUUGUGGUAGUGUAAAAUGAUUAGUAGCUGGUAAAAUAAAUAUGCAGAAAGACCACUGUCAAGAGUGUAUUUUGUUUAAAAGAAGUAAUGGUACUUAUCUUGAGGGUAUUUGUUUUACAUAAAGUGCUUACACAGUGCUUGCUAUUUAGGAAGUGCUAAGUGUUCACUUAUGUUCCCUAUUAUGUGCUGUAAAUUUCCUUUGCUUUCAAAGCAGUCACUACUUUUCUGAAAUUGAUACUGUUCAGAAUGAGGACUUUUAACAAGUGAAAUGUGCUCAAUAGCCAGUGUGUAACAUGCAGCAGGUGUUUUUUUUUUUAAUUCUAUCAAAUUAUAGGAUCUUAGGAAUUUCUGGUCUCUACCAU